CCGCCAUUUCUCAAUCUUGUUGCAUAAGUAAGAAAAUUUAAACUUUGUUGUAUAUUCCAUCCGUUCAUUUCUUGAGUUGGUUAAUUGUAGAAAUGAAAUCUUGUGCUAUUCAUUGGUUCCGGAAAGGACUUCGAGUUCAUGACAACCCAGCUUUACUUGCGGCAUGUAAAGGUGCAGAGGAUGUUAAACCUGUCUUCAUCAUUGACCCAUGGUUUCCUAAAAACGCCAACGUGGGGAUCAAUAGAUGGAGGUUCUUGUUGCAAACAUUGCAAAAUUUGGACGAAAAUUUGAGAAAGAUUAAUUCAAGAUUAUUUGUUGUGCACGGAAAACCUGCUGAGAUCUUUCCCAAAUUAUUCAAAGACUGGGGAGUCAGUCAUCUGACCUUCGAGGAGGACACAGAACCUUAUGCUGUAACAAGAGAUGCAGAGAUUAUGAAGUUAGCAGAACAGCACAAUGUCAAGGUCACAACUUGUGUCUCUCACACACUCUACGACACCAGAAGAACAAUAUCAAAGAAUGGUGGAAAGGCUCCUUUAACUUACCAGCGCCUUCAAACUGUUUUGUCCAGUCUUGGCCCUCCUUCCAAGCCAUUAGACAGUCCCACAGCAUGCGAGACGGGCACAGAUCCAGACCAUGAUAUAAGAUACGGAGUUCCUUCCCUUGAGGACCUUGGGAAGUCCCCUGCAGACUGUGGUCCUCUUCUCUUUCCUGGUGGAGAAACAGAGGCAUUGAGAAGAAUGGAAACCAUGAUUCAGAAAAAUAACUGGAUUUGUACAUUUGAGAAACCAAAGACUGAACCCAACACCUUAGAACCAAGUACAACUGUCCUUAGUCCUUACCUGAAGUUUGGCUGUUUGUCACCUCGACUAUUCUACUACAAGCUGCAGGAGGUCUACAGCAAAGCCAAGAAGCAUACCUCUCCUCCGGUUUCUCUGAUUGGUCAGCUGUUAUGGCGGGAAUUUUUCUACACUGUAGCAGCAGAUACACCAAACUUUGACAAAAUGGAAGGAAACUCGGUGUGCAGGCAGAUUCCUUGGGACACCAAUGAAAAAUAUUUGAAAGCUUGGAAAGAGGGAACCACAGGAUUUCCUUUCAUAGAUGCGGUAAUGACCCAGUUAAGACGGGAGGGGUGGAUUCAUCAUCUGGGCAGGCACUCGGUGGCCUGCUUCCUGACUAGGGGAGAUCUAUGGAUCAGCUGGGAGGAGGGGAUGAAGGUGUUUGAGGAAUAUCUGUUGGAUGCAGACUGGAGUCUAAAUGCAGGAAACUGGAUGUGGCUGUCUGCCUCAGCCUUCUUCCAUCAGUACUUCAGAGUAUACAGCCCCAUAGAGUUUGGUAAAAAGACCGACAAGGAUGGCAAGUACAUCAGGAAAUAUAUUCCCCAGCUGAGCAAGUUUCCAACAGCAUUUAUUUAUGAGCCUUGGAAGGCACCUCUCAAAGUACAGGAAAAGGCAGGGUGUAUUAUUGGAAAAGACUACCCUAAACCUAUUGUGGAACAUGAUCAGAUGAGAAAGAAAAAUAUAGAACGAAUGGCGAAAGCGUACAAUAGCAGUAAAAAAGCAGAGUCAGGUGAGAAGAGGAAAUCUGAUUCAACUUCUCAGAAGGAGAAAAAGAUGAAGUUGAAAUGAAAGAAACAUUGUUAUGACAGAACAAUUAACUCUGAUAACCUACCUCAGUUCUUGCAUACAUGUAUAUGCAUUUGUACAUUGGUGUUGUUUUAUGGUGUAAAACCUUGCUUUUUAUCAUGUGAAAUAAAUGUGUUCAGUUCUACUA